UAGUGCAGCCUAGCCAUAGAGGUAGUCACCAUGACUGAGUUUGGAGACUUUAUAAGUGCUCUGGGGGAGUUUGGGCUAUAUCAGAAAUUUCUGGUACUGUUGCUCUCCCUCCCACUACUUCUUAGUCCUUUCCAAAUGAUAGGCCAAGUGUUCAUGGUUGUGGAUGUGCCACAUCACUGCAACACCAGCUGGAUCCGUGCUGUCGGCCCCAACCUGACCGAGGAAGAGCAGCUGAACCUCACCCUGCCCCGGGACAUGGACGGAGCAUACGAGCAGUGCUCCAUGUACUCGCCGGUGGACUGGGACCUCAGCUCCAUCAUGGCGUACGGCCUGAAUGCUACGGAGAAGUGCAGCAGUGGCUGGGUGUACCCCUCAGCACAACCGCCAUCCCUGCUGACCGAGUUUGACCUGGUGUGUGACAGAAAGGACCUGAAUGACAUCUCUCAGUCCGUCUACAUGGCAGGGCUUCUUCUAGGAUCCGUGAUGUUUGGGCCGCUAAGUGACAGGAUAGGCCGUCGGCCAGUCUUUCUGAUCUGCCUCGUCUUCCAGGGCUUGUUUGGUGUAGGAAUUGCCUUUGUGCCCCAUUUCUAUGUGUACAUGGCCUUCAGGUGUGUCGUUGGGGCUUCGGUCUCAGGAAUUCUGAUUACUGCCUUGGCCUUAGCUACAGAAUGGGUUGGUGUCUCCUUCCGGCCAAAGGCAGUGCUUAUUUCUCAUUGCUGUUUCGCCAUUGGACAGAUGAUUUUGGCUGGUUUGAGUUACGGUAUUCGCAACUGGAGGCUGCUGGAGCUUGCAGGAUCUGCUCCUGUAUUUGCCCUUUUCUUCUACUUCUGGGUGCUACCAGAAUCAGCGCGGUGGCUGGUGACAAAAGGCAGAACAGAAGAAGCUAAGAAGGUCCUUCAGAAGGCAGCGUCCAUCAACAAGCGCACCAUCCCACCAGGACUCCUUGAGCAGUUGAAGCCUGAGACACAGCCCAAGUCUGCAAGUAUUCUGGAUCUCUUUCGGAAGAAGCACCUCUGGAAGGUGACUUUAAUCAUGUCGUGCACCUGGUUUGCAGACAGCCUUGUCUAUUAUGGGCUGAGUCUGAAUGUGACAAGUUUUGGUCUGGACAUCUACCUGACGCAGCUUGCCUUUGGGGCGGUGGAAUUACCAGCUCGGUUUUCCUGCAUUUUCCUGCUGCAGUGGUUUGGGAGGAAGAAAACCCAGGCCGUUCUCCUCCUGCUGUCUGGCCUGAUGUGUCUCAUCAUCACUGGCAUCCCUGAAGACCAGCCCAUGGCAACCACUGUCCUGGCCAUCAUCGGCAAGUUUACAGCCACGGCCUCCUUCUCCACCUCCUACGUCUACUCUGCAGAGCUCUUCCCCACAGUCAUCAGGCAGACCGGCGUGGGGCUGUGCUCGAUGUCAGCACGGGUGGCAGGGAUCAUUGCCCCACUGAUCCACCUCCUGAGCCAGUACCACCGGGCCAUCCCCAUGGCCAUCUUUGGGAGUGCCCCCGUGGUGGUGGGGCUGCUCUGUUUCCUGCUGCCUGAGACCCGCGGCGCCGACCUGGCGGACAACACAGGGGCAGCCACCCCACAGAUGAGCAGCAAGAGACCAGAAAUUUUGCCCAAGAGAGACACCACAGAGGAUGGAGUAGACUUGGAGAAGGACAUCUACAGAGACUCGGACAGCAACUGAAGAAUGGACAGGCAUAUACUAAAUGUCUAGUCUGAUCCAAUCUGUCUUGAAGCAGACCAAUGAGGCAUUGCUGCCUGGAGACUGGUCUUUCAGAUGAUCAACAAAGUAGUCAUGGUGAGAGGGAGAGGAGAUCUGUGUCAUUCUGCGUUUGGAGAAGAUGCACUUCAAACUGUUCCUGAAACCCAGUCUGUCAUGCCUGGCUACGCGAGUCCUCCCGACGUGUUUCCCAGUCCUUUGCAAACUGGUACCCAUGGAACCAUCCCUGUCGUGUUUUACAGCAAUAAAGAAUCGCCAGUAGAGCGGUAGUACUGGGCAAGCGAGCGCCGGGCUGUGUCCCUCCUGCACUAAUUGCUUGGGUCGUCAGCCUUCUUGUCGGUCCAAGCCUUAACGUUU